CCACCCGGUAUAAUACAGGCUGUCCUGGUCCCCAUUCCCCGCGAGGUUCAUUAGUAUAUCAAGCCUCACCUCACGGUGGUGUCUCGCGCCAGUUGAGUCCGGAUGUGUUUGGCCUUCAUCCGCUCCCUUUCUGCACACGGUCUUUAGCCCAGCCAGCCUGCCAGCCUGCUAGCCAGCCAGACAGACAAGAUGAGACUGUCGGUCGCCUCCUCACUUUCCCUGGCCUCUGGCCUGGUGGCAGCCUCGCCUCUUCAGGCUCGUGACUCCGCCGUCCUGGACGAGACGAGUUACGAAAACAUGAAGUACUACGUGCAGUAUGCUGCGUCUGCGUACUGCGACAGCGAAGAUGCUGUGGGCACACUCGUAUCCUGCGGUGACUCUGGGUGUCCUAAUGUCACGGCGAAUGGUGCCACCAUCGUCGGUACCAUGCCCACCACCACCACCUUCGACCUGGAAGGCUAUGUGGCCGUCGACCCCACCCGCGAAGAAAUUGUGGUCGCAUUCCGUGGCUCAUCUGACCUGCGCAACUGGAUUGCAGACUUCGACUUCAUUGAGGUUGCGUACUCGGAUUGCACUGGCUGCUAUGUCCACGAUGGAUUCUACGAAUCCUGGAAGGAAAUUCAGACCUAUGCCGUCGGGUACGUCGAGGCGGCGUACGAGACGUACCCAGACUAUACCCUCGUCAUCACAGGUCACUCCCUGGGCGCCGCCGUCGCCACCCUCGCGGGUGUGCAGUUCAGAAUCGACGGCUACCCUUGUGAUAUCUACACUGUCGGCUCCCCCCGCAUCGGCAACCUGGCAUGGGCCGAGUUUGUGACCGCCCAGGAUGGCGCUGAAUACCGGGCUACCCAUUACGAUGACCCCGUGCCGCGCCUGCCACCCAUCGUGCUUGGCUACUACCACACGAGCCCCGAGUUCUGGCUCGCCGCCGGUCCCGCCACCAACAUCGACUACACCAUUGACGGAAUUGAUGUCUGCGUAGGCAACGCAAACACCAGUUGCAACGCCGGCACGACUGGCUUUGACGCCGAUGCGCACGAAUACUACUUCCAGUACAUGGGCUGUGGCGAUGAGAGCAACGGCAUUGACAUGCGCAAGCGCAACAUCACCGAUGCGGAGCUGGCCCAGAAGCUCACCAACUACACGAUGCAAGAUAUCGCCUUUUCGGAGAAGCUCGCCUCCAGCAGCUAAGCCUGGUAAUGCUCGGAUCAGAGGCGCGGUCGGUAUGAGGACAAUUCCAUGAGGUCACUGGUAGGGGCGAUCGUUCCCGUCCAACAUCAAAAGUGGUGGGAAAGGGCUACAUAUCUACUCGGUCUUCUUGACAUAAAAAGCCUAAUGAUGAUGACGACGACGACAACGACGACGACGGGGACAGAAGACCGAGGACAUGGCAAUGGGAUGGACUCACAUUGAAAACCGCUUUAAAUUAUGCAUGGAGUUAUCGGGUAUGAAACUAGCUAAUGAAAUGAUGGGCAUAAUUAUCCAGCCAC